AUGUUAUAAGAUAGGUAGGCAAUUGAGGUGACAAACUGUUAAUAAACCUCAAGCAUGUGGAGCAUCCACUAGCUUACAAUUUGGUAACCCUGUCACAAAGUCUACUUAUAGGACUUAUUCUCUCAAGAUCCAAUAGUGGAGACAAACCCUCUCAAAUCAAUUCUUUGUUCUCUCCUUCUUCCUUAAUCAAGCAUGUUUCAUCUUUAAGAUCUCCCAUAACCCCUUGUCAUUCCCUAGUCUCCAUACCAGUUUUGUGAUUUCACAUGUUUGGUUUGUGAUUUUCCCAACCUUCUUCUCAUCAAAUUUCUUUUCUUUGCUCCCCCUUUUUUGUGUUAUAUUAAUUCAUCUUUUCUUUGCUUCCUUCCAACUUGAAUCAAUUUAUAUAUACAAUUAUCUAUCAUAUACUCCAUGGAUAGCCAAGAUAACACCGAUAAUCUCCGCGUCGCCUCAUUUUCAGCUUACCUAAACUCCACAGAUGAGGGCUUGAUGCUUAAGCUCACUAGGGCAAUUCAAGAUGCUGCUCCUGAAAUCAUUUCGCCCGAAGUGACUCCACGCCCUUUAAGUUUACGAAGAAGCAAGAUUAAUCAAGAAGAGGGUGAAAUUGGUGUCUUUGGUGCUGACAAGUACUUCAACAUGAAAAUGAAUUGUGAUGACAAUCCAAAACUAAUUGACAACAGGGUUGAAGUUGAGUUGUGCCACAGGAAACCAAAGUUGAGCAGUGGAGGAACUCCAAGUGUUAGCUCUGAAGCAAGCUUGAACAGCCAAAAUGCAUUGUUACCAACUCUCCUCAAAAACCCAUCAAGAAUUAAGCAGAAGAAAGCUACUGCAAAGAGAUUUUUAGCUGGUUUUGGCUGUAACGGGCCGUGCCUGGACAAGAUGUCGGUUCAUAUCGACGAGGGUGUUGUUCAAAAGAAAGAGAUAAGAGAAGAGUCCUUUCGGUUCGUGAAUCCAGUCCAAUCUCAAUUAGGACUAAGAGGAGAAGAUCUUUUUGUGUUUCCAUUCCUCAAAUCCGGGAAGGAAAAUUUGACAGUUAAAAAGCAGUUGGAAGAAGAGAAAGUAGACAAAGAAGAAUCACGAUACUCAAUCGAGGUUUUCGGGUCCCAUAUGAUCAAAAAGGGUGAUAAUAUUUCAAUUAAUCUAGAGAGGAAACUGUCAAUGUUAACUUGGGAUGCCAUUCCAAAGUCCCAAGACCUUCCAUCAACCUUGCCAAUUAGUAGUACCCCCGGGCCAUGCGAUGACAUUCAAAGUGAUGCGAGUUCAGAUCUAUUUGAGAUAGACACUCUCUCCGGCACUGGACACUCAUUGUUGACAAUGCAAGCUACUGAGAACGUGUCACAGUAUGAGCCAAGCGAGGCAAGCAUCGAGUGGAGUGUUGUCACCGCCAGUGCUGCAGAUUUCUCGACUGUUUCGGAAUAUGAUGAGAAGAGUAUUGCAGGUGAUCACUUGACAUCAACAAAUGCAACCAACAGAAAUAAAACAGCCAAAACCAAGAACAUCGUGUGCAAGGAGGGGCAGAAGGGUCGAUCCGGGGGGUUUUUGGGGUGCAAGACUCAGAAAGCAGUGAGUGUUGCUGAAGCUGCACAUAGGGCUAAUGAGAAAGCAAAAUCCAUGAAAUCCCAAGGCGAUGUUUGGAGGAAAGAUUUUGAAUUCGGACCAGUGCAACGUUCUUUUGCCUCCAAAGUAGUCUCACCAUAGCACUGUGUGAGACAUGGAUGAUUCUGUCCAAGCAACAUGGCAGGUGCAAUGGAGGGAAAUGUUUUCAGAAACAUCAUAAUUUUUUACUUUUAUUUUUUUUGCACUUUCUUUGUCUUUUUUUGUGUGUGUUUGUUUGUUUUUUUUUGUUUUUAUCAGUAAUUAUGUACUUAUAUUUUUCAGAUAUAUAUGAGAGGCAGAUUUGAGAUUUCACUA